AUGCUUCAUGCUGAAAAUAGAGUAAGGCUCUUGGAGUGUCAGGAUGAAAUCACAAUUGAACCAUGUUAUAAAAAAAUGAAGUCAACAGAAGGGGCUUAUGAGAAACUCUCUGAUGAUGAUGAUGACCAAGAUAUUCAGGAGAAGGUGGAUGCUGAGACAACAUCAGAUUAUUUGAUACCAGCGUAUGCCUCAGAUAACCAAGGGCAACAUGAAAUGCAGAAGCAAGAGAAAAUACCUACUGGUGUCUUGGGAACACUGAAUGAAAUGCUCCCUGAAAAUAAUCUAGUGUUUAGUCAGCCAGUUGAUUCAGAAACUGUGCAGAAUGUAAAUCCUCCAUUUGGGCCAGUAAGUGACACUAAAGUUGAAGAAAAGAAAAGCCCUUUUGUUACAAAUAAUGUCGGUGAAGAUGAUGUUAAAAAUAGCAGUAUGUCAUUCUCAGUAUACAGAAAGGCAUCAGAUGAAGAGUUUUUUACAAGCAAAGAAUUUAUCGGACCGAUUUACAAGCCUGCCAAAAGUAACAAACAGGACGAAUCUGGCAGUUGCAAUGAAUGUAGCAGCAGUGAGGGAGAUCAGAGUGAGUUGCAUGAAAACAGAGCUAAAAGAAAGGAGGUAAAGAAGAUGCAGACGACUACUUCUGCUGUACCAGGAAUAGAUGAUGAACUGGACCAGUUCUAUAAAGAAAUUCACCAGCUGGAAAGUGAAAGUUUAGAUACUAAUUUUCAGGAAAAAACCACUGAAACUUCUCAGGAACAAUACUCUCCAUAUAACUAUAGUCAAACCUCACAAGAGGAUUAUCAGUGUGUAUUGUUGGGCAGCCCACAACCAUUUUACAAGAAUGGACAGUGUAUUUUGGGGGAACAGAACAGUCGGAAGACGAGCGAUGAGCAGCAGUUUGUCAUAGAAUCGAGUGGCUGGAGAACUGAAAAUACCUUUAAUGGACAAGUAGAUUCUAAAUAUUGGAACUACUCAGUGCCUGAAUUCAGACCUGCUUGGCAGUCAACAGAGUCUUUCACAGUACCUCAGGGACCUCUUCCUCCUACAUUCAGUCAUCAGUCGCAUUUUCAGGGACUUAAUUUCCCACCACAAAAAACAAAUCCUCUUCCUUCUCAGAAUGGUGAACUUUCUUACAAAAAUUAUCAUGGUUACCAUGGAAAUACUGAUAUUAACAGUCAUGGUCUAUCGCUUGAUCAAAGUACCAACUAUGCUGGUCAUAUUGAUAUCCAUACUACUCAGGUCUUCAGAAAUGGAAAUAAUGACCAGAGGGGACUCCAAAAUAAUGACCAGAAUGGACUCCAAAAUAAUGGUUUCUGUGAAACCGGAGAAAAGUGUUGGAAGGAUCUGAAAGCUGACAAUACAGAAGGAAUGCACGGCUUUUGUUCCUUGCAGUUACCUGAAGAAAGAUUUGGUUGUUCACAGAAAUUGCUUCUACUCUUAAGAGGCCUACCUGGUUCAGGGAAGUCAACACUUUCUCGUAUUCUGCUUGGUCAAAGUCGUGAUGGCAUUAUAUUCAGCACCGAUGAUUAUUUUCGUCAACAAGAUGGAUAUACAUACAACGCUGCUCACCUUGGUGAUGCCCAUGACUGGAACCAGAAGAGAGCAAAGCAAGCAAUGGAGCAGGGAAAAUCUCCAGUUAUAAUAGACAACACUAAUACUCAAGCCUGGGAAAUGAAGCCAUAUGUGGAAGUGGCUCUAGAAAAGGGAUACAGAGUGGAGUUCCAUGAGCCAGAUACUUGGUGGAAGUUUGAGCCUGAAGAAUUAGAGAAGAGGAAUAAACAUGGGGUCACUCGUGAGAAGAUUGCUCAGAUGUUGGAACGAUAUGAAUAUCAAAUAUCCAUACCUAUUGUCAUGAAUUCAGUGGUACCUCCGCACAAAAAUACUCAAAGGCCACCUCUGCAGCGAAGACAUAGGUGGGGAGGCAAUACAGACUCAUGGAAUUCUUUCAGUAUUUCCAGUAGCCGAUAACACAGUUGCAGUCAGUUAAUAAAAAUCUGUUACUUGCCCUUCUAAACCACAUCGUCAUCACCUCCAAUAAAGUAGUGGAUCUUCUGUGUUUUAAAUAGGCCUGUUUCAAGACCAUUUUCUUCUGGAGGUUGUUCCUUUAAUGGACUUGCAUGUAAAUAGAAUUGUACAUUAAAUGUUUUUUAAAACUAUAUUUAUUACAGUUGUAAUAACUUUGAUUUUAGUAAAAUAUUUAAUAUAGUAUGACAUAUAGCAGAGUCUUCCUUCAUAAACCUAAGACAAUGAUGUUGUCAUAUAUCAAGUAACUGUUGAGCAGUUUUGUUUAAAGAGGAGGUCAUAUUAGGUACCUUUUAAAAAAGAAUUAAAGACCCAGAAUAAGAGGUUAUUUAUGUAAUAACCAAUUGUAAUGAUUGUCAUUUAGUCUUCCUAUCUUUUAAGAGAUUUUUU